CUCGCGCGACAUUACCGCGCAUGCGCCCGUCUCGCGCGUGAACUGUGACUGUUGCCCUACAACAAAAUUAUACAUGGCUGCCAAAAUUACCUUCCUAUGCCUGCUGGUAGCAGUAAGCCUGUGCGUGGGCGCACGACCACGUCAGCGGCUGCAGCCUGUUGAAGACGCGUAUGAGUACGAGCCACAGACGCAGGAUCAGGGAGCCGGAGAACAAGUGGUGUUAGUCUCUGCUGACGCAUACAACGCAUUGUACCGCGCGCAGGACAGGCAGGAUGAAUACGAGAGACGGGCACUGGCCCGGCCGACAGCUGCGCCCGCGCCGCGCUUGAGGCAGGCACAUGUGAGAGAGGAAAAUAAGCAGCCGCCAGUGCAGACUAUUAGAAAUUACAACAAGGUGAACGACGACGGCAGUUUCACAUUCGGUUAUGAGGCGGCCGAUGGCUCUUUUAAGGAAGAAACCCGAGGUACAGAUUGUGUCGUCCGCGGCAAGUACGGCUACAUCGAUCCUGAUGGCAAUAAGAGAGAGUUCACCUAUGUCUCCGGAAACCCCUGUGAUCCUAACAAACCUGAUGAAGACGAACCCGAACCACAAUCACAAGAUUCCGGAGAAAGAGACGACGGAGUUCCCAACUAUCCUACCAGACCCGCUCACAGGCCUACUACACCUCGUCCAGCAACCACCUACUUCCAAAACGAUUUUAGAGAUGCUGAUGAAGACGAAGCGGAAGCGGAACCUCUCCAGCAUAUCAGACAGAGAGUCGUUCAACGCCCGACCAUCAGGCGCCCCACGAUCCAGGCACAGCACAUCGCUAUCACACCACGCCCUCUCCCCUCCACAACAGCCCGAGCACUUCCACCAGCUACCACUUUUAGACCACAGCUUCUUCAAGUGACGGCCAAGCCACAGAUUCAAUACACUCCUGAGACUUCAUUCUCCCCAUCUCCCACCCCUAUUGUCACCACUCCCAGACCUUCACAAAUCGACUUUGCAGCUGAAUUCGAUAAGUUCCACCGUGAGAACCAACUUCGCGAAUCCUCAACGACAGCCAAUUCGAUAACUCCAACGAAGACGACACUUGCGUCACCAGCGCCUAGCGGAAACCCUCUCUACGCAACCGAACUUGUGUACGACCCUGCAAGUGGUUCAUACAAUACUCAACUCUUCCAGACCCUACCUCAGACUAAAGGAGAAUUGAACUUGAACCAGAGGCUCCAACCGUACGUUGCUCAGCCACGACCUCAAUAUCAAAGGCCUUUCAUCCCCUCGCCCCAGAUUCCCUCACCUCCUGCUUCUCAAGCACCUAACGUUCCGUUGUUCAGACACCAGAUUCAGCACGUGAAUCCCCAGGAAGUCUACCAGAGACAACAGGCAGAGAAUCAGUUCCAGAACUCAGCGCAGUUAUUCGCACAGCAACAGCAGAUUCAGCAAAGCCAGUUGCAGAGAGAUAGAGCUGCAGCGCGCGCCCAAGCCCAGAGGCUAGCUUUAUCGCAGCAGGAGCAGAGACCGUCCCCACAGUACUACUUCGUCGCUCCCCGAGGCGAGUCGGCAGCCACGGGACAGAUCGACUCCUUCCUUAGAGGGCACGGCAUCCAAUUUUAGUGUAGUGAAUUGAGCUGGGUAAUCCAUUAUCGACCGCAAUUUCAGUCCGAGAAGGCCAUAACCGAUGUACAAGAAAUGGUCGAUUGUCGAGUGUUGUAUAGUAUCUAGUUCGAUGGACAGUGGCGGCCGGCCGCAAGUGUACAUAUUAAUCAGUACCUUAAUGUAACGCUAGUAUAGUUGUUAGUGUAAUAUUGUAAUAUGAAAGGUUUUUGUGCGUGAUAGUCCAGCGCGCUUUGUGUGAGCGCUAUGUAAAAACGU